AUGGUUGGAGAGGAGAAUAACUUGCCGUACCUGCUGACGGGUUGUAUAUUCUACGCGUUCGGGAUCAAGUGGUGCUGCGAGUACGCGAGGAUGUGGUACGUCCGGCCAAAGCCGCGCCAGCCGAGGGAGAGCCCGAAAUUAAGUGCUACCCGCCGGUUGAAAAAGACGUGCUCGAGGGUGUUGAACAGCCACCCGAUCGAGGGUUGCCUCAAGCUCAUCGCCACCGUGUUUGGAUUGUGCGGUACCCUCAGCGGGGGCCUGCCCAACUCGGGUAUCGUCGCGCCCAAGGUCGUCCACUCGACCAUAUACACGUUCUUUGCCUUCUCGGGCCUGGUGGACGUGCUGCACUUUUACUUCCCGCGCAACGUGAGCGACGGUUUGGUCAAGCUGGCCCUGGGCCAGAGUUUCUUCGUCGAGGGCUUUUUGUUCGUGUGGGCGAGCGUGAGCGAGAGCCCCGAGGUCAACUUGAUCCUGGCGGCUACGGUGUGGCUCACCUGCGUGGCCGUGGCCCUGGAGCUGGUCUGGCCGGAGAUGAAGUUGUUGAGGGGGGCCUCGACGUUGCUGCACGGGGCAUGGCUGGCGCACAUGGUGAGGGUGUUCAGGUCCGAGCCGUUGACGUUGGAAAAGAUUGCUCUUACCUAUUCGUGGCACGUGGCGGCUGCUUCAACGGUCACUCUGUUGGCGGUCGUCAUCACCAGGAGCUGCAUACCCCGGGUGCCUCCGCAGCCGCCCGAGGUUCCCAUUUACGAUUACUGCAACGAAUUGGAGAUUAGAUCCUCUUGAAGAGCUCCGCUGAUGCCAUUCAUCGUCACUUUUUUUCUUUCUCUUUUUUCAUGUGAGCGAGUCUUUUCAUAUAAUGAGGAUUAUGA